AUUUUAGGUAGUAUAAGUCAUUCUGAUCCACACUCCAAACCAGUUGGUGGCGGUAAUGCACCGUUUCGUUGCGUGCCAACCGCCAGAAAAAACCAUAAAGAAGAAGAAGAAGAAGAAAACACGAGUUUGAUACGUCUGAUGAAGUUAACUCGACUCUUCUAAUGUUGUCACUCGUUUAAAGCCAUGACGAGGUGGGCGAGGGCCAAUAAUGUACACAAGCACAAACCAGCAGAGGCAACUCCCUGGAAUCAGCUUCGAGCGGCUGGGAGAAGAGGAGCAGGAAGAGAUGGCGCUCCCUCUACUGGGCCGUCGCAGCGAGAUCAGAGGGACCCUUUGAGAAGGACCUGCAGUUCUUCUGGGAUAAAGCCCAACCGCAAAAAGAAAGAGUACAUCAGCGAGGAUGUAAAUGGAUUCCUAGAGUAUCUGAACCAGAGUGGACAGGCCCGGCCUGCUGGGAAGGAAGGAGAGACGGGGACAGAACGGGACCUGAGGGACAUGGUGGAGGUGGCCAUGAAAAAAGACCAGAGACGGGAGGACAGGAGGGUGAAGAGGCAGAGGGACAAGAAGAAUAAUAUGGUGUGCUUUAACUGCAGGAAGCCUGGUCACGGUCUGGCUGACUGUCCCGAAGCCGACAGAGAUGAGGAGAUGGGCCGAGGUAUCUGCUUCCGCUGUGGCUCCACAGAACACGAGAUCCAUAAAUGCAGAGCCAAAGUGGAUCCCGCUCUGGGUGAAUACCCAUACGCCAAGUGCUUCAUCUGUGGUCAGACUGGACACCUAUCGCGCUCCUGCCCUGACAACCCCAAAGGACUCUAUGCACAGGGAGGCUGUUGUCGGGUGUGUGGUUCGGUGGAACAUUUCCAGAAGGACUGUCCAGAGCACCAGGCAGCGACUAACUCAAUGACUCUGGGUUGGUUGUCGAACAACAUGAGCGCAGACCUGGAGGACGUUCACAUUCCAGUGAAAAAAGCCAAACCCAAGCAGCCCAAAGUGAUAACCUUCUGAUGGGACCUGGGAGCUCCUUGGAAAGCUGGACUGCAUCAGCUGGAGGACUCGAAGAAAAAGACUCAUGAGCCUUUAGAGGCACUGUAGUUUCUCUGUUUUGUAUUUGAGACAGAGAAGCUUGUUUAAAAUGUUUGCUAUGGUGUUAGCUGACAUAUUGUGCUGGAGAUUGAUUAUCAUAAAUAAAGCAGUGUCUGAAUGCUA